AUGCCUGUAGCGCCAUCCCCGACCCUUCCAGCAUCUCCUCUACCUUCAGACGACGACGUCACAGGGAAAAUUUGCAACUUCAUCGCGCGCACAAAAUACGAAGAUUGUCCGCCAGAGAUCUUCUCCAAGCUCUCCGACUUCAUGAUUGAUCAUAUCGGCGUGGCGUCCAGUGCGGCUCUCCGUGGAGAGUCGAGCAACGCCCUCCUUCAGGCGGUCCAAGUCCUGGGAGGAAAUAGCGGCCAAAGCACAGUGUACGCCAAAGGAAAGACGUUUACUCCUCAGUACGCCGCCUUUCUUAAUGGUGCCUUUGCGCACACGUUCGACUUCGACGACACAAUGGCCGAGGCCGUCCUGCAUCCCGGAGCGUCCAUCAUCCCCGCUGCAUUAGCGGAGGCUGAACGGUCCGGUUCCUCGGGAAAGCAUCUCCUCGUGGCAUUGGCCGUGGGCUACGAGGUGGCGUGCCGUUUAGGUCGUGCGCUAGGAACGGGAGGGUACGCGAGGGGGUUCCACAACACGUCCACGGCUGGCAUCUUUGGCGCCGUCGCGGCGCUGGCAAACCUCCGAGGACUGUCGCCCAGCACGGUGGAGAAUGCGUUCGGCCUAGCGGGGUCGAGGGCCUCGGGCUCCAUGCAGUUUCUCCACAACGGAGCGUGGAACAAGAGGCUGCACCCGGGCUUCGCGGCCCACGACGCGCUCGUGUGCGUCGCGCUGGCGGAGGCCGGGAGCGCCAAUCCGGCGGGAAUCUGCGCGGAUCUAGGUUCCUCGUGGAUAUUUUUGGCUACGGCCCUCAAGCCUUUUCCUGCGUGCCGGAUGACGCACGCGGCCAUCGAGAUCGCGGCGCGAACGGCAGCGCAGGAAGCGCCGGGCAUGAUGCCGGAGAAGAUCUCGACGAUUGUCGAUGCGCAGUUUAGUAUUUACUACCAGAUUGCGGCGUCGUGGGUAUUUGGCUGCGAGAUUGGAUGGGAUGUCUAUAGCGAUCAGGUCAUGGUGGAUCCACGCAUCGCGGAGCUUUGUACUAGGAUCACGGUGGCUGCGGACGGCGAGGUGGGAUUCCAACAUGGAGCAGGUGCUCGAAACCAAGUCCACGGAUCCAUAGCCUUUUAUGAGAAUUUGUUCCAGACAACGUGCGCCCUCAACUGGGACAAAGUUCGUGGCGAGGCUUCCAAAUAUGUUACAGCACUGCAAGAUCUCUGUCCAAGGUACCUCGAAGAAAUGAGGGGAUUGGCGCAAGGGGCGGGAGUCGAGCUGCUUGAUAUCGUGGCAAUUAAUGUCAGAACCGAAAUCACAUUCGGUCUCUACAUUGAACAGCCGGAGCUACCCAUCGAGAUGGACGGGUGUACCAGCAUAGCACUCAAAUCACCCGGCGGACCAUUGCUCUUGGCCCAAAACUGGGACUGGAUGAAGGAGCAGGCGCCAAAUCUCCUCGUGUGCCACAUCAGCCAACCCGGGACCGAGAUCCCGCGGUUCUCCAUGGUGACGGAAGCAGGCGUGAUUGGCAAAAUCGGCCUCAACGAGUGCGGGGUCGGCGUGUGCCUCAACGCGAUCAAGGCGCGCGGUGUCAACCCCGGUAUGCUCCCGGUGCACCUGGGCCUGCGCGCGGUACUCGAAUCGCGGACGCGCGAGGAUGCUAUGGCUAAGCUGCGCGCGAGCGGGAUUGCCGGGAGCGCGCAUAUCUUGGUGGCUGACGCACACGCGGCGACUGGACUUGAGUGCACUGUUCAAGGCAUCAAAUCGCUCGAGAUGGACGGCGACGGCAUCAUUGUACACUCUAACCAUUUGGUGCUAGACCACGAGAAUGUGGUGGAACCACCGUGGCUUCACGACUCGCCGAUUCGCCUCAAGCGAGCACGUGUCCUCUUAGACCAGGUCCUCGGAACCGCGACCUCAGCGCCUGGCCCCGAGACGCUGGUACCCCUUUUCGAGGAUGAAGAAGGCUAUCCGUUCUCGAUUAACCGAGCUCAGGUGGGGGAGUGUACGACGGAAACCUUGUUCAACAUCGUCAUGGAUCUUGCAAACAAACAGGCAACGGUGCGAUUUGGUCGUGUCGGGACGACUGAAUCUGGGGAAGCUGUGGAGCUGGGAUUUUGA